CUGGGAGGUGAAGAGGUCACGACAUUGGAAUCACAAGACACACAGCACCAUUACAGAUUUCAUGUGAGCAUCGCCAGGGUUUCCGUGGUAACCAUGCUGACAUUGGCUGACUCCAAUUUCUUCUCGCAGUUCAACAUGUCCGAUUACGGAACAUACAUCUUUAACAGGGUAAAAUCGUUGGUGGAUGUUCACUUGGAAAAUAAAGAUGUUGAAAUCUCAAAACUUAUAGACUCCUUACAGCAAGUAGCGCUUCGCUUUUUGAUGUCCUCCCAAACUUACGAGAUGUUUACACCGGCAAACAUACUGAACGAAGAUGACCUCAUGGUUCGGAGAUUGAACGACCACUUCCUGUUGUUAGACAGAAGUUUACUGAUAUCACUAACACAGAACAACAGAAAGAGGCAUAUUUUAAGUGGUUCCAGUACACAGGAUGCAUUCUCUACUAUUGGGCAGCACAUUGAAAUAUCCAGAAUAACAGGAGAGUGGAAUCAAACAAUCUCAGCUGUGGAAAAUUUAACACAAAUGUUGACUGAGGCAACCUUGACCUUGAGAGUAGGAGAAUGAAGAAGGUCAAAGUGACCAAAGGUUCUAGUUAAAGGUCCGCGCCAGUGCUGGCCAAUCCAUAGGCAGAAUUUGUGCCAUGUGACUUUUGCCAAUGUAAAUCUGAUGUCUGACCAGGGCUUGUAUCCUGGUAACUACGCACAAGGUUUCAGAGGUCUCCAUGGCAACAUGUCUGCGAAGCUGCUAACAGGAAGUGCUUCUCUGUGUUUGGUUCAAGUGCAAUAUGGAAAGUGUGAUUCUGGUGAUGAAUUUGAAGGCAAAUUCUGAUUUUGAUAUUGUUGUAUCAAAAAACAGUUAGCUAUCACAAGAUGCUAGAGAGUAGUUUGCCGUAGAAAAGGAACUACUUGUGUGUAUUCAGAUGAAAGGGAAAACAUUAAACAAAAAUAAAUGAACAUAAAUUUUGUCCCCAAUGUUGUGGGAAGAUGUUCUUCUAUCAGUUAAGUGAUAUCAGUGUUUUUCUGAAACUCUUUUCUGAGUACCCUUCUAAUCUUAAAUCUGAAGUAGCAAUUAGUUUCAGUUGGACAUUUUGUGAAAUCAUUGAUAGCAGCAAACUAUUUUGGAGGAAGAACAAUUUUAUGCCCAAAACACAGAAAUUGAUGGAUUGGGUUUCUGAGGAUGAGAUUGUCAACCAAUGACCUAGCGGAUUGUAGAUCCCACUAGACAAGGGGAGUUUAAUUUCCAUCUGAAGGCCAAUUUAUUCCUGCCUGCUGUACUUGUUGUACUGAAGAUCUGUCACGCUGUGGUAUAGUGUCUCAACUUGAUGUACUUCACAUUUACCAGGACAUACAGCUGCGGACUCCACUUCUUGCUCUGCACAUCUCCCAGACUGUGGUUCACCCACUCAGUGGAACCACAGAAACUGACUUGUGAAAGGCAGGAAAGAAUGUUUUCAGUUAGAUUGUGUUUAUAAUAAGAUGUCUUGCUAAAAUUACAUUUAAUUUACUUACUGGUACCUACUUUUCAAUUUUGGCCUUACCCAGUUUUACUGAAAACCUUUGACAUACUUGGAUUUACAUUUACUAAUGGUUCUGGAAUAAUGUCCUUGCUGUAAAAGGCUGCCAUGUUUGUCCUAGUGGAAACCAUUCACAUGGGAAACCAGGACCUAAUUAAAGGUAUGCAGAGAAUAUUUAUAUUUUUUGUACUUUUUCUUGUAAUUAAUUAAUUAAAUGAUAUUAUCUAGAUCCAUCCAGGCUGUCAUAUCCAAAAUAUGAAAUAUAUCCAUAAAUUUGAUUAUUAUUUGUCAUUCCUGGAUAUUAGAAAUGUAAAAAAUUGAAGGAUUUUUCCCACUGGUAUGCAAUAAGCCAUGUUAAAAUUUUAGAAUACAAUUUACAUGUGAUUAGCAAUAUGGAGUUCAAUCAAGAAAGUGCUUACUAAGUAUUAGUCAGGCCAAAUUCUUGUCACUCCUGAAUGAAAAUCUGUGCAAAAAUAGUUUUUUUUUUUUGUUCUUUUUUUUAAAUGUAUGAUGCAAUAAUGAAAACAUACAUUUUCAAGAAGUGCCUUAAAAUCUACUUGUUAAUAUUGCUAAUUACAAAUAAAGGUGUAUAUUUUGCAAUAUAUCGGUGUCAGUCAUGUUGGUAAUAAACUUGGAAAUAUUUGAUAGAAAUGCCAUUUAGAUGAUCAGCAGUGUAUUGUGCUGAAGAGAGUGGAUGGGUGUUUGAUGAUUGAACUGUUUCAUGUGGUGAUGCACGAAGUACAUGUAUUUGCUGUCUUGAUAUGUUUGAUGUGGUUAUACAUGAAGUAUAUGCUGUUGAUAUAGCAUUUUUGACUAUUCUAGGCUUUUUAUAGUCACAUUCCUGAAGUGCUGUGGUGUGUUGUGGAUAUAUUUUUUCAUUUUGUACCGACAUACAUGUACAUGAUUUUUGUCUGAAUGCCAGUAAAUUGAGCUGGAAAAAUGACAUUUCUUUGCAGACCAUUUUGAACAUGUCUUAAAACUGAUUUGUACUUGUUGUUCAUAUUUUCCUGACAUAAGUAUGUGAAUCGAUUCUCGGUGUGUAUGUAGUCCAUAUAGACUGAACUUUGUGUAGAUCUGAAGGUUGCAAAGGAAACUGAGCAUGGACAUGGUGGAUGGAGAUUAAACUGCAUAAUUUUCCUUAAAAAUUCAAGUAAAUACAAUAAUGUAGAAAAGACAAAGAAUAUUUGGAUUUUAACAGAAAAAAUGUUUAUUUCAAAAUGCAAAAAUGCUUUUUCAGCUCUCGUACAUACUUUUAUUUGACUGGAUUCUGGAAGUCAUAUUGAUCUUUGAAAGGUAUUUUCAGGUUUGUUUGAAAGACUGGAUUAUAUCCUACUAGAAAUAUAUCAGUUUCUGUGCCAUAAGAUUACUUCAUUCCUUGUUUGUGAGUGUUUUUAUGUUUUAGUCCUGUAAGAUGAAAUCUCUAUAGUUUAUUUUGAGCCACAAUGAACGUCAUAUAGAUUAAACCUUUAUUCUGAUUUUAUUUUGGCCGAAAACAUGCAGUUUAACCUUUCGGAAUGUUGUCUGCUCAGUCCAGAGCUAGUAAAGUGUAAAGUAAAGAAUUCCAUGUAAAUAAGCACGAGUUUCCUUUUGUAGAUAUUGGUGUGUACAUCGUUAAUGUUUCCUUCAUCGAUGUUCUCUGUAAAUGUUUCCUUCAGGUACAUCUAUGUACAUUGUAGAUGUUUCCUUCAGGUACAUGUAUGUACGUUGUAAAUGUUUCCUUCACCUGUGAACAUUGUAAAUGUUUCCUUCGGGUACAUGUACGUUCAUUGUAAAUGUUUCCUUCAAUUUUGUUCAUUGUAAAUGUUUCCUUCACCUGUGUACAUUGUAAAUGUUUCCUUCGGGUACAUGUACGUUCAUUGUAAAUGUUUCCUUCAACUUUGUUCAUUGUAAAUGUUUCCUUCACCUGUGUUCAUUGUAAAUGUUGUCUUCAGGUACAUGUAUGUACAUUGUAAAUGUUUCCUUCAGGUACGUGUACAUUGUAAAUGCGUCCCACAAAAUGUGUGUACAUGUUGAUAAUAUGUAUAAAAUAUUACUGUACUGUAUAUUGUCAACGAGAGACAAAUCGUUAGAUUAGAAAUUAAG